UGUUUGUUUGUUUGUUUGUUUGUUUGUUUGUUUGUUUGUUUGUGUGUGUGUUUACCCCGUUCAGCUCCACCGACAGCACGCAGCCUGCGCGGGCCCUCGUUGCACCGCCCGCGCCGUCUGGAAGGGCCUCGGUUGGCGAGCACGCUUUGGCGCCGCCGCGCGCUCUGGGGGCACAUCGAUCAUCAAAGGGCUGGCGAGGCCACUGCCGCAACUGCUGCAAGUGUGCCCUGGCUUCAGCCCCCGGCCACGGUCGUUCUGGAGCCCCCCCCCCUCGAGGACCCGUGCCCCUUCGGCGCGGGGCUCGGCAUCUCCCCGGCGCGGCCUCGAGCGAAUCGAUAUGUUCCGUCGAAGCGGUCGAGCGGGGCCUCGUUGGCGGGGCAGUAGUGGCCUUCUCAGAUCUGGGCGGCGCAGACAAAAUCGCGUCGGCUGCCUUUUGGGUCGCUUCUGGCCCCCUGGAGCCCUAGGUGGAAAAUCAUGUUUGUCAUGUUUGUCUUGUUUGUCGUCAUGCUGUUUGUUCCGUCCUGACUCUUUCCGCCACGACUUUUUUUGCGCAAUGGCGGGCGCGAUGUCACCGUACCUUUUUGCAUGCACAUCGUCAGCAGUCAGGUUGGCUCGGAAGAGCACUGACGUGCCGCCAUCUUCUGGCUUGGUUGUCCUGACUUGAUCGGGGUGGAGGUCCCCAGGAGCCCGUGCCACGAGCAAACCUGCGACGGCGGAGGAAGGGGGGGCGGCGGAGGAGUGCGGCACCCGGCGCCGACUCCAGGAGCGCACGGCGCGCCUCGAAGGCAGCUUCGGAGCCUGGGGGCGGGGGCGAAAAGGGGGAUCCGUCUAGGGGAUCGGUACCCUCUCAUCGCCGAUCGGAGCUCGGGUGCCUCACAAUGCCAGUUCGUCGUGCCGUCCUCCUCCUUCUCCUCCUCCUCCUCCUCCCCCUCCCCCUCCUCCUCCUCCUCUUCCUCCUCCUCCUCCUCCUCCCCCUCCUCCUCCUCUUCCUCCUUCACCCUGAGAUCAGCGCUCGCAAACGGCCGCUCUCAGGCUACGGGACGGGCUGCGGCAGCGGCAGUAUCUCCCCCGCGACGAAGGCGCAGGGUCCCAGUACUCCCUGGGCAUCGCGCCUGGCGCCUUCGACUGCAUGCCGACUGCAUGCCGCGGCCGCCAGGCCCCAGGGGGCCAGGUGCUCCCUGGGAAUCCCGCCUCGCGCUCUCGGUGGGGACCGCUCGAAGCAAACUCAUGCAAUGUGCUUUCUUCCUCCAGGUGGCCAAGAUCCUGGAGGGCAUCCUCGGGCGCCUCACCAGCCACAAGACCGCGCUGCUCCGCGAGGCAGCCGGUCGCGGGCAGGUGACCGCCGAGGCCAAGGCCGAGCUGCGCGGUCUGCUGCGGCGCCUCCGCGCGGGCCGCGGGGGCAGAGCCGCCGCCGUGGCCGCCCUGGCCGCGGAGGUGGCGCGCGAGAGCCCCGACGCCGGCUGCCGCUACUUCGGCGCCUGCGGCGGGAGCGACGGGCCCAUGGACGAGGCGACGAAGGCGCAGGUGGCCGCCCUGCUGAACGGCAUCCUCGGCCGCCUCCAGCGGUGAGGCCCGUGCCCCGACGCCGGACGUGCGCGCGCGCGCGUUCACGCUUGCAUUCUAAAACAGUAGAUGACGGAGGUAAUUCGAGGGCGCAGCGCGCGGCUCGCGCGCCUUCUAGUCCACGCGCCCAUCCUCCGUGGGGUCUCCGUGCCGCUGCUGUGACUCGCUUGCAGACAGGAGGCCA